AUGUCGACUGACAGCGAACAGACGCCUUUACUGUCCGCGCGCGGCGACGCGGCGGCGGACAAGCAUGACGCGGUGUACAACCGAUUCUCGAGGACCAGGAAGCGGGUUAUCGUCGCGCUUGUGUCCCUGGCGGGGCUCAUCCCCUUGUUUGUCGCGGGCGCGUUCAUCCCUUCCAUACCCGAAAUCGCGCGCGAGUUCAACACGACAGGGUCUGUGGUCAACAUGGCGGUCAGCCUCUCCCUCCUGGCAUCCGCCAUCGGGACGCUCACCUGGGCAAACUACUCUGGAUUCUAUGGCCGCAGGCCCAUAUAUCUCGCGUCGCUCCCCUUCUUCACUCUGGGGUCCCUCGGGGUAGCGCAGGCCCGCUCUAUCCCCGAGAUCAUGAUAUGGCGGUUCGUCCAAGCGUUCGGAGCAGGCGGGGGUCUGUCCGUCGGCGCGGGCGUGAUCGGCGAUAUCUACCGCCUCGAAGAGCGCGGCGGCGCCAUGGGCGUGUUCUUCGCGGCGUGUCUUCUCGGGCCUGCGUUGGCGCCUUUGUGCGGAGGCCUGGCGACGCACUACGCGUCGUGGCGUGUGAUGCAGCUCGCGCUGUUCGUGACGGGCGUGCUUGUGGGCACCGCGAUGUACUUCCUCCUGCCGGAGACGAGUCAGCCCCACGCGCGGGGUAUAGACAAGCUGUAUGAACAGCAGGGCACGACGCAAUGGCGGUGGGUCUGGCUGAACCCGUUCAAGAGCCUCGCGCUGUUCAGGAGCCCGAAUUUGCUAGCCGUCUGCUUGGCGGGCACUUUCGUGUUGUUGACGGAUUACGUCAUGCUGCUUCCGCUCGCUUAUACCAUCGGUCAACGGUACGGUAUAACAAACGAGGCGCUCAUCGGUGCAUUUUUCUUACCUUGCGGUCUCGGAAACAUCAUUGGUGCGCCUUUGGCCGGCCGCGUCUCUGACAUCAUCGUCGUGCGCUGGCGGAAACGGCGUGGGGGCGAGUGGGUCCCCGAGGACAGGCUGCGGGGCACGUUGUAUGGCGCGUGCAUCUUCGUUCCGCUGUCCGUGCUGUGCAGUGGUCUUGUGACGCAUUACAUCGGAGGCACUCUCGGCAUCGUGUUGAACUUGGUCUGCUUAUUCUUCAACGGACUGGGGGUUGACCUGGUUCUAAGCCCCUCUGCGGCGUACAACGUCGACAUCAUGCACUCGCGAAGCGCCGAGAUCAUGGCUGCGAAUACUGGCUUUCGGGGUGCAUUCAUCUCACUGGCGACGGUGGGGAUCCUGCCCCUUAUCAAUCGCGUUGGAGUCCUCCCGACGAAUAUAUUGUCGGCUGCGAUUGCAUGGAUGGGAUGCGCCUUGUUGUGGGCCACGAUCCGUUACGGGGACCGGAUGCGUGCUUGGGUCGACAUCGGGUAUUCUACGGCGGACACCAAUUGA